CAGUCUCCAGAUACAGCUUCCUUCUUGGUCCCAGCUCUGGACCAGCCUGGAUCCUGCCUGGUCUCCCACCUUCAGUUCAGACAGCCCCAGAGCCUAGUGUUUGUCCAAGCAUGACCAUUACAUAUGAAAACUUCCACAACUCGGGAUGCGAGGAGAAGAACCCAGAGAUUGGAAAAGUGGCUGCCCACAAGUCCUUCCUGUGGAAUAUCUUCUCGUGGACCCACCUCCUCCUCUUCUCCCUGGGUCUCGGCUUCCUGCUGCUGGUGGUCAUCUCCGUGAUUGGAUCCCAAAAUUCCCAGUUAAGGAGGGACCUAGGUACCCUGAGAGCCACUCUAGACAACAUCACCUCCAACACAAAGGCUCAACUCCAGGCCCUGACCUCCAGGGGUGACAGCCUGCAAGAGAGGAUCAGCUCUCUGAAAGUGGAAGUGGAUGAUCACAGGCAGGAACUGCUGGCAGGCCGAGGCUUGAGCCAGAAGGUUUCUUCUCUGGAGAGCAUGGUGGAGAAAAAGGAACAGGCAUUCAAAACAGGUCUAUCUGAGAUAACGGAGAGCGUCCAACAGCUGGGCAAGGACCUGAAGGCCCUGUCAUGCCAGCUGGCCAGCCUCAAGAACAAUGGCUCCGAAAUGGCCUGCUGCCCCCUUCACUGGAUAGAGCAUGAAGGCAGCUGCUACUGGUUCUCUCAAUCUGGGAAGUCAUGGCCUGAUGCUGACAAGUACUGCCAGCUGCAGAAUGCUCAUCUGGUGGUGGUCAACUCCCUGGAGGAGCAGAAUUUUCUACAGAAUCGAUUAGCCCAGAUGGUCACCUGGAUAGGCCUAACGGACCAAAAUGGGCCCUGGCAAUGGGUGGAUGGGACUGACUUUAAGAAAGGCUUUACGUACUGGGCCUCAGAGCAGCCGGAUAACUGGUAUGGACAUGGACUUGGAGGCGGUGAGGACUGUGCCCACAUCACCACUGAUGGCCGCUGGAAUGAUGAUGUCUGCCAGAAGCCCUUCCGUUGGGUCUGCGAGACAAAACUAGCCAAGGAAAGCUAGGAGCCCCUCCACGUAACUUAUUUCUUCGGUGCCUUUAGCUGCUAAAGCCUGGAAUUUGGAAUCCACCCAUCCAGUCUGUGGGAGCCCACAAAGGUUUUCUCGUGAGAUCCGAGUUUGCUUUAUACAGCUGGGCUUCACUAGGGGAUGGCUUG